AUGGCUCGUAAUCGCCGAGCACGUAGGGAAACUCCUCCUAUUGAGGAUGAUGAACAGAUGCCUAGGAGGUUUGCGGAUACUUUUGGGCAGUUCUUUCGACAGAUUGCUGCAGCGCUCCCCGGGUCAUGUACCGACUACUCUGUGGAACGUGCUAGGAAGCAUGGGGCCCAGACUUUUGCUUCUGCCGCCUCACCUGUUGAGGCUCAGCGGUGGCUUGACAGGAUGGAGAGAGUUUUCUCCCAGAUGGACCUUCUAGAGGACAGGAAAGUGAAUUUGGCAGUACAGUUCCUUGAGGAUACCGCCUGGCAUUGGUGGACUGGUGUGGUCAAUGAUCCUGCAAAUGCUGGCCCGAUGACAUGGGAUAUGUUCAAGGCCCAUUUCUAUGGACGGUACUUUAGUGAUGCCCACCUUAAUCGGAUGCAGGACCAGUUUUUGAAUUUGAAGAAGAGAGAUGAUCAGUCAGUGUUAGAGUUUGAGCAGGAGUUUCUCUCAUUGGCUCACCAUAUGCCGGAUUUGGUUCGUACGGAGCAAAGUAAGAUUCGUAGAUUUGUCCAGGGACUUGGAGGAAAGUUUAAGGAUAAGAUGUUAGGCACACCGUACAAGAGUUUUGGUGAGGCAGUAUCUUAUGCCAUGGACAUUGAGUCGGACUCACCUGCUGGAUUUUACCCUAGGGAUCCUGGUGGCCCUAGCCAGGGUCCAUCUAAGAGGGCUACUUCUACAUCCGGUUCUGGUUCUUCAGUUGGUAGUGGGAAGAGCAGUGGUUCCAGCUCGAGGUCCCGUACUAGAUUCAGGGGACGUGUCAGGAGAUUCUCUCGGGGUCAGUUUAGUGGACAACAGUCGGGGCAGCUUGAGAGGUCCAAGAGUUAUCAUGGUGGUUCGAGUGGGGCUUCUUCUAGUCAGUCAGCUCAAUUUGGGCGGUAUCAGACAGUGGGGUGUUUCAUGUGUGGUCAGCAGGACCACUUUAGGAAGGACUGCCCUCUUUUGACUCAGGGAGCCAUAUCUACCCCCACUCAGACUGUUGGCCAGUCCUCUGUUGGCGGUUCUACUAGUAGUGCCCGCACUAGCUCGGUAGGUCGAGCUGGUUCUCAGCAGACCAGGGGUCAGCGGGGUCGUCCUGUGACACAUGCUAGACUGCACGCCAUGACCCAGCAGGAGGGCCGUGACUCACCGAAGGUUAUCGUUGGUACGUUAUUUAUUUUUAAUCAGCCUGCUUUAACCUUAAUUGACCCUGGUGCUAUGCACUCAUUUAUGUCUAGUAAAUUCGCAUGUUUUGCCAAUGUGCCGUCAACACCUCUUAUAGGCGAGUGGUAUGUUUCUUUACCUGCGGGAAAAGCCCUUAAGAUAGAUUGGGUUUUCAAUAAUUGUGGUGUAAUGGUUGAUGGUUUUUGCUUGGAGGCCAACCUAAUUCCUCUAGAUCUUGUUGAGUUUGAUGUAAUUCUGGGGAUGGACUUUUUGGAGACACAUGGUGCAUUGGUUGAUUGUUUCCAUAAAGAAGUAGUGUUUCGAAGUCUAGGAAAACCGGAAAUCACUUUCCGUGGUGAGCGGAACAUUCUCUCCUCUUGCCUGAUUUCGGCCAUUACAGCUGAAAAGCUUUUGAAUAAAGGUUGUCAGGCUUACUUGGCUCACAUUGUGGAUACAAAGAAGGAGGUGUUGAAUAUUGAGGAUAUUCCUGUGGUCAGGAAGUUUCCAGAUGUGUUUCCUGAUGAACUACCUGGUUUGCCUCCAGAAAGAGAAAUAGACUUUACCAUUGAAUUGCUCCCUGGUACUACACCUAUAUAUCAGGCACCUUAUAGAAUGGCCCCAGCCGAGUUAAAAGAGUUGAAGACCCAGUUACAGGAGUUGUUGGAUAAAGGUUUCAUUCGGCCAAGUGUGUCCCCUUGGGGUGCUCCGGUGCUCUUUGUUAAGAAGAAGGAUGGCACCUUGAGAUUGUGUAUUGAUUAUAGAAAAUUGAAUAAGGUCACAGUGAAGAACAAGUAUCCAUUACCACGGAUUAAUGACUUAUUUGACCAAUUGCGGGGUGCCAAAGUCUUUUCUAAGAUUGAUUUGAGGACAGGUUACCACCAGUUACGGAUAAGAGAGUCCGAUGUACCUAAGACUGCAUUCCGUUCACGUUAUGGUCACUAUGAGUUUGUGGUGAUGCCUUUUGGAUUAACCAAUGCUCCUGCAGCCUUUAUGGAUCUUAUGAAUCGAGUAUUCCGCCCAUACUUGGACCGUUUUGUGAUUGUGUUUAUUGAUGACAUUCUGGUUUACUCUAAGAGUGAUGAGCUUCAUAUUAAGCAUUUGAAGCUAGUACUUCGGACUUUGAGGGAAGCUAGACUAUAUGCUAAGUUGAGUAAGUGUGAAUUCUGGCUUAACAGCGUUGGAUUCUUGGGUCAUGUGGUGUCAGUUGAAGGUAUUAGCGUGGAUCCUCAAAAGGUGGAAGCGGUUUUGAAUUGGGGAAGACCCACCACCGUGACGGAAAUUCGUAGUUUCUUGGGUUUGGCCGGUUAUUAUCAGCGGUUUGUGCAAGAUUUCUCUAGACUUGCGGCCCCCCUCACUAAAUUGACCAGGAAGGGUGCUAAAUUUGUUUGGUCAGAGGAGUGUGAACAAAGUUUUCAAGAACUCAAAGGACGUUUAACUCGUGCCCCAAUUCUAGCAUUGCCUGAUGAUAGCGGGGAAUAUGUAAUUUACAGUGAUGCCUCAAGACAAGGCUUAGGUUGUGUAUUGAUGCAGCAUGGAAAUGUGAUUGCCUAUGCAUCUAGGCAGCUGAAACCUCACGAAAUGAACUAUCCGACUCAUGACCUUGAGCUUGUUGCUGUAGUACUUGCACUUAAGUUAUGGAGACACUAUCUUUAUGGGGCACGAUGCCAGAUUUUCACGGAUCAUAAAAGUCUCCAGUAUCUACUUAAUCAACGGGACUUAAAUUUGAGGCAAAGGAGGUGGUUAGAGUUGAUUAAGGACUAUGAUUGCACCAUUGAGUAUCAUCCAGGAAGGGCCAAUGUGGUAGCUGAUGCACUUAGCCGAAAGCCCUUUAGCUCUUUAGCCCAUUUGAAGGCAGUUCGAGUUCCUUUACUUUAUGAAUUGCGAUCUACAGGGGUUAAUUUGACGAUUGAAAAAGAGUCUGGAGCAUUGAUAGUUAGCUUCCAUGUGAGGCCGAAUCUCAUUGAUAAAGUGCGGGAGGCACAAGAUGAAGAUGAAUAUCUAAGACAAUUAAAAGAAGCAAGUCUACAUGAGGCUUUGGGUACCGGAUUGAGUUUUAGCACUGCUUUUCAUCCACAGACUGAUGGGCAAUCAGAGAGAACUAUCCAAACUUUGGAAGACAUGUUGAGAUCCUGUGUUAUGCAAUUCAAAGGAAGUUGGGAUAGCCAUCUGGCAUUGAUUGAGUUCGCUUACAAUAAUAGUUAUCAUUCCAGUAUUGACAUGGCUCCUUACGAAGCUCUCUAUGGAAAACAGUGUCGUACUCCCUUGUGUUGGAAUGAAAUGGGAGAAAGAAAACUCAUAGGCCCAGAGAUUGUACGGAUUACCACUGAAAAAGUUAAGUUGAUCAAGGAGAAACUCAGGGCAGCUCAAAGUAGACAAAAGAGUUAUGUGGAUAGCCGCAGGAAAGACUUGGAGUUUCAAAAGGGUGAUUGGGUAUUCUUGAAAUUGUCCCCUUGGAAGGGCGUUGUAAGAUUUGGAAAGCGGGGGAAGCUCAGUCCUCGAUAUAUUGGACCUUUUCAGAUAAAAGAGCGAGUUGGCCCAGUUGCUUAUAAGUUAAUACUACCUCCGAGGUUAUCAAAGAUUCAUGAUGUCUUCCACGUGUCCCUGCUCCGCAAGUAUAUUGCUGAUCCUUCUCAUGUCUUAGAAGAAACCUGA